GCAGGUCGUACCCCACUCCACCCCCAACUCCAGGCAGCCAGACAUACCCCUGUCUGGGCCUCCUGACGCAAGAGAUAAGAUGAGAAAGAGUAACUCCCAGCAACUGGUCCAAGAGAUACCAGCGGGGAAGGAAUAGGAGAGAUAAACACGUGGGGAAACUCACAGGAGGAACAGAAGGAAACGCCACUGUUUAUAGAUUCGUAAGUCAACAAAAGUGCCUUCAUCAUUUUCUGCCUGGAAGACAGAUUCUGAGAGGGUGCUCAGAGCAACAGUUCAAGACAGGCAUUUCCUGUGGUCAAGUGGACAAGAGCAGCCCACAGCCAUGCAACAGGGUGAGCCAAGCCAGCUCUCCACGGGGCUUACUGGACUUGUAGCUCCUCCAUCAUUACAUGUUUUCAUUAGAAGAAGCAGGAUGGUGGUGGGGAUAAAGAGCUGCAACUUUCAGGAAGCAAAAAACAAUGCAGAGCACCACACCGAUGACAUCAGCACCCAGGACCUCAUUGUGAGGAGAGGGCAGCCCUUCACCAUCAGCCUGCACUUCCAGGCUCCAGUCCACACAUUUCUGUCCACCCUGAAGAAAGUCACCCUUGUUGCGCAAACUGGGGAGCAGCCUUCUGAGGCAAACAGGACCCAAACCACGUUCUCAAUUUCCAGUCUGGGCGACCAGAAGUGGUGGAGUGCGAAGGUGGAGGACAGAAACACCUGGUCCUGGAUCAUCUCUGUGACCACGCCCGCAGACGCUGUCAUUGGCCACUAUUCACUCCUGCUGCAGGUUUCGGGCAGGAAGCAACACCUGGGCCAGUUCACACUGCUCUUUAACCCCUGGGGUCGAGACGAUGCUGUGUUCAUAGAGAAUGAGACUCAACGCAGGGAGUACGUGCUGAACCAGAAUGGCCUCAUCUACCUGGGCACGGCUGACUGCAUCCAGGCUGAGUCCUGGGACUUCGGUCAGUUUGAAAAGGAUGUCCUUGACCUCAGCCUGGACUUACUGUGCAGGGACAAGCAGGUGGAGAAGUGGGGCGACCCUGUGCAUGUGGCCUGCGUCUUGGGUGCCUUGCUCCACGCUCUCAAGGAGAAGCAUGUCCGGCCCACGCCACAGAUCCAGGACACCCAGGAAAAGGCCUUGCUGAACAAGCGCCGGGGCAGCGCCCCGAUCCUGCGCCAGUGGCUCAGAGGCGUGGGGAGGCCCGUGUAUGAUGGUCAGGCCUGGGUGUUGGCCACUGUUGCUUGCACAGUGCUGCGAGGCCUGGGAAUCCCUGCCCGCGUCGUUACCACGUUCACCUCAGCCCAGGGAACUGGCGGGAGCCUGCUGGUAGACGAGUACUACAACGAGGAAGGGCUGCAGGUUGAUGAAGGCGAGAGAGGCAGAAUCUGGGUCUUCCAGACUUCCACGGAGUGCUGGAUGGCCCGGCCUGCUUUGCCCCAGGGUUAUGACGGAUGGCAGAUUCUGUACCCAAGUGCUCCUCAGGGAGGUAGAGCCUUAGGGGCCUGUGAUCUGGUCCCGGUCAGAGCGGUCAAGGAGGGCACACUGGGGCUGACCCCAGCGGUAUCAGACCUUUUUGCCUCAAUAAAUGCCUCGUGUGUGGUCUGGAAGCGCCAUGAGGAUGGGACACAGCAGCUGACCAACUCCAACACUAAGUAUCUUGGCAACAACAUCAGCACCAAGGGUGUGUACACUGACCGCUGUGAGGACAUCACUCAGAACUACAAGUAUCCUGAAGGAUCUCCUCAAGAAAAAGAGGUGCUGAAGAGAGUCCAGGAGAGACUGAAGGAUAGGAAAGACAGUGGCAUCCAGCCUCCCAGUCUCGAGACUGAUGAUCCGCUAUACCUCUUCUUGGAAGUGCCUAGCUCCCUACCCCUGGGAGGGGAUGUCAAGCUGUCUGUGAAAUUGUUCAACCCCACUGACCACGAGAAGGAAGUGCAGCUGGCCAUUGCGCUGCAGGCAGUGUACUACAACGGCGUCCUUGCUGCCAAGUUCUGGAGGGAGAAGCUUCUCCUCACACUCAGGGCCAACUCGGUUGAGACGAUCUCCACCACCCUGUCCUCCAAUUUGGAACAAACCCUGCCAGAGAACAUCUUCCUGAGACUCACCGCCAUGGCAACGCACUCCGAGUCCGGGCUUACCAGCUUUGCUCAGGAAGAUAUCGCCCUUUGCAGACCACACCUUGUCAUCGAGAUGCCAGAGACAGCAGAGCAACAUCAACCUCUUACGGUCUCGGUCAGCAUCCAUAACUCUCUAAAAGCUCCCAUGAAGGACUGUGUGAUCUCCAUUCGCGGAAGGGGGCUCAUUUACAGAGAGAAGAACUACAGAUUAAGUUCGGUGCAGCCUGGAGAUACCUUGCACACCCAAUUUGAGUUCACACCGAUGCAUGUCGGACUCCAGAGGCUCACUGUGGAAAUGGACUGCAACUUGUUCCAGAACCUAACCAACUUCAGAAGGGUCACUGUGGUACCCUCUGAACCUCCAGCUUAAACUGCCAACUCUAGCAUCACUCUCCCCAACCAACCCUUUGA